UCUUCCAAACUCACAUUCCACUCUUCACACAACAGAGCUCUGUUACAAACAAAACCAAAAAAAAAAACUCUUUCUCAAACACAGUCAACAUUCAUGGCUGCUAGUAAACAAAGGUUGUGGUGUUUUGUUUUGGUCAUGUUACUAGCACUUGCAGCCGGUGUCUCGGGCCAAAGUGGUGUAGAAGAGCCGGUCGAAGCGGGUCGUGGUGUGGUGCCUGCCAUGUUUGUAUUCGGAGACUCUCUCAUAGACAAUGGCAACAACAACAACCUUGCUUCUUUCGCCAAGGCCAAUUACUUCCCCUAUGGCAUUGAUUUCAAUGGAGGUCCUACUGGUCGGUUCUCCAAUGGCUACACCAUUGUUGAUGAAAUUGCUGAUUUGCUGGGACUUCCUCUAAUUCCUCCAUACUCCGAUGCUUCUGGAGACCAGGCCCUUCAUGGUGUCAACUAUGCCUCGGCAGCAGCCGGAAUCCUUGACAAUACAGGCCGAAAUUUCGUAGGUCGCAUUCCGUUCAAUCAACAAAUUAAGAACUUCGAGAACACGCUCGAUCAAAUAACGGGUAAUCUCGAGGCAGAUGAUGUGGCACGUGAUCUAGCGCGCUGUAUCUUCUUUGUGGGAAUGGGAAGCAAUGACUACCUAAACAACUACCUCAUGCCCAACUACCCUACCCGGAAUCAGUACAACCCUCAACAAUAUGCUAAUCUCUUAGUUCAACAAUACACUCAGCAGCUCACUAGACUAUACAACCUUGGAGCUAGGAAAUUUGCCAUUGCAGGAUUGGGCCUAAUGGGCUGCAUUCCGAGCAUCUUGGCCCAAAGCUCAACCGGAAGCUGUUCACAAGAAGUGAACCAACUGGUCAUGCCUUUCAAUGCAAAUGUGAAGACUAUGCUCAACAACCUAAAUGCAAAUUUACCCGGUUCCAAGUUCAUAUUUGUUGACAUUGCAAGGAUGUUCCAAGAUAUCCUCACUAACUCCAGAUCAUAUGGUUUCGGUGUGAUAAAUCGUGGAUGUUGCGGGAUUGGACGGAACAGAGGGCAAAUUACAUGUCUUCCGUUCCAAACACCAUGUCAGAAUAGACAAGAGUACGUCUUCUGGGACGCAUUCCACCCUACAGCAGCGGUGAACAUCAUAAUGGGAAGGGAGGCCGUCCGCGGGAACCUUAGAGUUGCUUAUCCCAUAAACAUAGAGCAGCUUGCCAAUCUUGAAGUUAAGACUAACUAGUACAAACUGCUAAUUUCAUUACUAUGACGUCUACAGUUUUGAUGGCCUAAUUGGCUUAUAUUAGCCUUGUGGGGUAUUUUCUUCUGAAAGUUUUCUUAACGCUGGAGGUUUCAAAAUUACUUAUCAAAAACCAUUGAGCUUGUACUAAUUCCGUGAUUAAUAACUUUUGUAUGGUUUUAAUUAUUUCAAGUACUCAACAAAGAACCGUG